UCGUUUCUCGCUAUUGAAAAUAACAGUGAAGCGCCAUCACGUCACUUGUGCAUAGUCGAAGGAAUAUUUUCCUGCGCUUGAAAACUCAUAUUUUCGGUGCUAGGAGCACUAUAUUCAAAAUGGCAAAUGCAAUGGUGCGUUUGAAUACUCUUCCACGACAGCAAAUAGCUGCGCUGGUUCCGCUGCUGAGAAACUCCGGAAAAACAUCUGUUGUAGCCGUCAACCGGCAGGAAAUUCGUUUCCAAACUGCUCAGGCAUCGGCUCCGCCACCGCAAACAAAAACUAAAUUUGGUCCACUGGAUGAUGACGAUCGUAUUUUUACCAACCUUUAUGGACGACAUGACUGGCGCUUGAAGGGAGCACUUCGGAGAGGCGAUUGGUACAAAACAAAGGAAAUCCUUGACAAGGGAGCUGAUUGGAUUAUCAAUGAAGUUAAAACAUCUGGAUUACGUGGCCGUGGUGGUGCUGGUUUCCCUACCGGCAUGAAGUGGUCUUUCAUGAACAAGCCAUCAGAUGGACGUCCAAAGUAUUUAGUUGUAAAUGCAGACGAGGGUGAGCCCGGAACCUGCAAAGAUCGCGAAAUUAUGCGCCACGAUCCUCAUAAACUAAUUGAAGGAUGCUUAAUUGCUGGUCGUGCGAUGGGAGCCCGUGCUGCUUAUAUUUACAUUCGUGGAGAGUUCUACAAUGAAGCAUCGAAUAUGCAGUUGGCGAUUGCCGAGGCUUAUCAAGCUGGAUUAAUUGGCAAGAACGCAUGUAACUCUGGAUAUGAUUUUGAUGUUUUCAUGCAUCGUGGAGCUGGUGCUUAUAUUUGUGGUGAAGAAACGGCACUGAUAGAAUCACUGGAAGGUAAACAAGGUAAACCGCGUCUAAAGCCUCCAUUCCCUGCUGAUGUGGGCGUUUUUGGUUGUCCAACAACAGUUUCUAACGUUGAAACUGUCGCGGUUGCUCCAACAAUUUGUCGUCGUGGUGGUGUUUGGUUUGCUAGUUUUGGUCGCACUCGUAAUUCGGGAACCAAGUUGUUUAAUAUAUCUGGCCAUGUUAACACCCCAUGCACGGUUGAAGAGGAAAUGUCCAUACCAUUGAAGGAAUUGAUCGAACGCCAUGCCGGUGGAGUCCGUGGUGGAUGGGACAAUUUGUUAGGCAUUAUUCCGGGGGGCUCAUCGACUCCGAUUAUCCCCAAACAUGUUUGCGAUGACGUUUUAAUGGAUUUUGACGGUCUUGUUCAGGCUCAGACAUCACUCGGAACAGCCGCAAUUAUUGUGAUGGAUAAAUCGACUGAUGUCAUCAAAGCUAUCUCGCGUUUGAUUGAUUUUUACAAACACGAAAGCUGCGGCCAAUGCACACCCUGUCGUGAAGGCAUCGCAUGGAUGUACAAGGUUAUGCAUCGUUUCGUAAGCGGAAAUGCACGACCAGAUGAGAUCGAUAUGUUGUGGGAGAUUUCCAAACAAAUUGAAGGACAUACAAUUUGUGCCUUGGGUGAUGGCGCUGCAUGGCCAGUACAAGGUCUCAUACGUCAUUUCCGGCCAGAAAUCGAGUCACGAAUGAAGCAAUACGAGAAACAGAAGGCAGCUGGCCAGAAUUGAAUUGUAUAAACUAAUGAACAUCAAUGUUUGCGUUCUUUUCGAAAUUUCGUGUCAGUUGAUUUGUGGAAUGUUAGAUCAAUAGCCUGCGGUCAUGGACCAAAUAGCGUAUCAUGAAAUAAAACAUGAAGCCGACUAAACAAUCCAUUUAUUAAAGCUAAAUGUUACUGUUAUUCAAUAUUUAUGGUACAGUUCUGUUCAGAAAAAUAAACCAAUUUCGAUCUUGGGUGUAA